AUGGCUCAACAGCGACCAGAAGAUAUAGUGCAGUUACACAAAGAAUAUAGAUCAGACGCGAAAGAUAAUAAUCAGUUAUUCAAAUGUGAAUACUGUAUACAAGAAUCCAAGCCUGAUUUUAUUAGCGAUCAUGUUACAAUGAUACGUCACUUAUACGAAACGCAUUAUAAAUCAGAAAUAAUGGAAGACCCAGAAUAUGAGUCCGUAGCAAGAAAUUUUGAUCUUUCUCGCCAAUAUCAGAAGAAAAUUGACGUUGGGAAAUGUCUUAAGUUAAAAUGUGACGCGAAAAUUAAAAGUAAAUUUGGUAAAGCAUUACCAUUUAAAAAUCAUUCGGUAACGCAUCAUGAAGAGGACAAAAAAAGUUUUUUCGCAAAAGCAGUAAAAAUUGUUUCUGGACAAAAAAUAUUGGAUAAUUACGAAAUAAAGGACACUGAAUUCGCAAAUUGCUCAUUUUGUCGAAAACCGUUACCCUUGGAAAAUUUGGACUCGCACCCUGCUGAAAUACUCUCGACCUUGAGCGAUCACUGGAACGAACAUAUUAGUGUUGACACUAACAUAAAGAGAAAAGGAGCAACAAUAGAAAACAAAUUGGAAAAUUUAAAGGAAAAAAGACGAGAAGCUGCAAUGCAGAUAUCACAUCAAGCGGAAAGGCCUGAACAACGCAGUUCGAGCGACGAUGAAGAUGUACCAGGGUUUAGCGGAAUACCAAGAACUUCGACGCAAAGUUCUUUAACUGUGGAAUACAUGCCUAGACAAAGUAGUUCCAGUGAUGGUGGAGGUGUACCAGUGUCCGGCGGAAUGCAAAGUACUUCGACGCAGAGUUCUUCGAUUGAGGAAUUACCAUCAAAACAAAAGAGAUUGGAUUCUG